AUGGAACGCUUGUUCCGACAAGUCAACAAUCUAGGCCUGAUUGCCGAGAACGGGUGUUUCGUGCGCGAGCCAAACGCCGAUACCUGGACCCAUCUUGCAGACAAGCUGCAUGUCAAAACCCUCGCCUUCCUUAAAACCAAGGCAGCACAACUGACGACAUGUGAGCAACCCAUAUUUACCUUCACAAGUCUCGCUCAGUCCACCGUGACCUGCUACGCAGAACUCGGAAAUGCCUACCCCAAGCUAAGAGCUCGACUUCACCCAGUCACCGUUUCCACCGCCUCAUGUGCAGUUCAUGGCUACCGCCACACCAGUAACGGGGUUUCGAUUGUGACAAUCACGUCUGACUCGGACGUCGAGGCAGAUGCCAAACCCAGCCGGAUGAGACCUAACAACCGAUAUAUUGCAAUGAUUCCCAGGCAGCUUAGCCUGAAGACAAAGCUAUAA